UCUGUGCUGGCAGCUACAGGGUCCCAUAAGCUGUGUUUCCACAGAGAGGCUCGACAACAGCAACUGCUCAUCAUUCAUUCUUCAACUCAUCAAAGAGGAAGAGAGUAUUAGAAACGGGAGAGCAGCUGAGAGGCUGCCGUUAAGAGAUCAGCCAUGCUUGGAGGCAUCCACACAGAUUUGUUGGUCACAGUGACUCUACUCUUUCUAACUCAGACAGGGACUCAGUGCAGGGCUGAAAAAGACUUUUCAUUCAUUGCUUUACCCGAUUGGAGGCCAAAUGCAGAAUAUGUGUCACAGUGUUUCUACGACAGACACGACAAUCUGAUAUGUGACUGGAGCCAACGCAAAUCAGAUGAUUUUGUAGUGACUACUUUAGAGAGUGGCCCUCUGGGGCUGGAGGGCGAGGCCUGUCUGGAGUUCUGGUACACAUUGCCAGUUGCAGCUAAUGGGUCAGAACUUCGCGCUCUGCUGAAAAGCAGCACUGGUCUGAGAGAAAUCUGGACUUCAGCUGUUCCCCUAAGGGAUUCUUGGAGACAAGUGUUUGUCCCCUUAAACAUCAUGGAACCAGGGACCCAGGUUGUAAUCGAAGCAGUGUCCAAGGAGGGACAGUUCACAUUUAACCGGAUAGGUGUAAACCGAGGCUCUUGUGGACCCCAGUGUGAAUCUAACACAGAGCUAUGGACAGACGAAUCCACCCGCUGCCUCUGUUCUGAAGGCCAGUUCUCCUGCUCUCCCUCUCAGUGCCCUAGAGGCCAAAUCUGCGGUCCUCAAACAGGAAGCUCCAGUGGGAUUUCCACCUCUGGGACGUGCACUAUACACAGUCACACAGACUGCAGCACUUUUGAUGGAGUGCUGUUCCGCUUCAUGGCUCCCUGCACCUACACGCUGGCUAAAACCUGCUCACCCUCUGAGGCCCUGCCCAUGUUCAGUGUGGAGGUAGUCAAUGAGCAGAUCUGGAACUCAUCUCUGCCAACUGUUCAGCAGGUCGUUGUGGACUUGGAGAACUUCAGAGUGUCCCUGCUGAGAGGGCAGACGCACCGGGUUGUGGUUAAUGGUGUCUGGAAGACACUUCCACUGAGCCUCAGCACUGUCAACAUUAAGAGCAACCCUGCUGCUGUUGAAGUGGAAACCAGUUUUGGCUUUUUGGUCACCUUUGACAAUGCUGGUGCUGUCCAUGUCAGGCUACCACCCACUUACUCUAAUAAAGUCUGUGGCUUGUGUGGAAACUUCAACCACCUCAGAGGAGAUGACUUCAGAAAGCCCGAUGGAACAAAUGCCCCAGAUGCCACAGCUUUGGCCAAGAGCUGGCAGACUGGAGCAAACACCUCGUCCUGUGAAACCAUUCUAGUACCUCAUCAGUGUGACCCACUGGAAGAGGCCGAGUAUGCCAGUGAGCUGUACUGUGGAGGUCUCCUCUCCAGCACAGGGCCCUUCGCUGGCUGCCUAUCAGUCCUGGGGGCAGAGAGCUACUUCAGGGGCUGUGUAGUCGACAUGUGCACUGCUCAUGGUGACCCAGCAGCGCUAUGUGAGACAUUGCAGGUCUACGCAGAUAUCUGCCAGGAGGCUGGAGUCGCCAUACCCACUUGGAGGAACUCUACAUUCUGCCCCCUUCAGUGUGGUGAUAACAGCCACUACAACUCAUGUGCUGAUGGUUGCCCCGAAGUUUGCUCCAGCCUGGAUAUAGUUGGCUCCUGUGGAAGCUGUGAGGAAAGAUGCGACUGUGACUCUGGCUUCAAGUUCAGUGGGGGGAAGUGUGUCCCGGCAGAGGACUGUGGGUGCUGGUACAAUGGAAAUCACUAUGAGAAAGGAGCAACGUUCUCAGACGGAGAGUGUGUGCAGCAGUGCUGGUGCAUGGGUAACAAUGACGUGCAGUGUACCUCAAUGCAAUGUGCAAAGGAUGAGGUUUGUAAGGUCCAGGAUGGAGUCAAAGGCUGCUUCCCUUUCAAACCUGCCACCUGCAGCGUGUACGGUGAUCCACAUUACAUCACCUUUGAUGGGAUGGCGUAUGAUUUUCAAGGGGGCUGCAGUUACACACUGAUGACCACGUGCGGUGGACAAAGCUCGGUCCAAUUCACUGUGAUAGGACACAACAUGCAUCCCCCCCUUAACAACUUCACCCGGUCCAAGCUGGAAGCUGCGACCCUUCAGGUUGAGGAUCUGUACCUCACCCUGAAUCAGAGUGGAGAGGUCUAUGUGAAAAAUAGCCGUGUCCAUCUUCCCUAUUCCACCAGUGGCUCUUACGGCUUAGUGUGGGUCUACCUGAAGAAAAAAUACAUUGUCUUGGAGACAAACUUUGGCCUCAGAAUGACCACAGAUGUGCAGAACAGACUCUUCCUGCAGGUGGAUGAGCGCUACAAGUAUGAACUCUGUGGACUGUGUGGCACCUACUCUGAUCGCCAAGACGAUGACUUCGUAGCACCAGCAGGCCAAAAUGUCACUGGGCCAUUUGAAUUUGGUGACAGCUGGAGGGUGCCAGGCGAUGAUAAGUGUAUUUCCCAUCCAAAUGAUCCCAGAAUCUGUGAUUAUAAUGAGGAGGAUGAGGCCUACAACGAGUGUUACACCCUGUUAGGGGAUGCCUUUAAGCCCUGCCAUGAAUCCAUUCACCCGAACAUCUUCCUCAAUAGUUGUGUGUAUGACUACUGCGCCACAAAUGGUGAUCGACACACCCUCUGUGAGUCUCUCAAGUCCUAUGCAGCAGCAUGCCAGGUUGCAGGAGUGGACCUUCCCCACUGGCAGACGGACACAGCCUGUGCUGAGUUCCCAACCACCGCAACACCACCAACAUCUCCAACUCCUACAACACCAACACCAGAUCAGACUUUCUGUCCCAUAAACUGCGACUUUGAAAAAAAUCUAUGUGGAUGGGAGCAGCUCAUACAGGACAGUUUUGAUUGGACAAGAUAUUCAGGACCAACCCCAACAAGCUUAACCGGCCCAAACGAGGACCACACCACUGGAGCUGGGUUCUACAUGUAUAUUGAGGGGGACAGUGCAACCCAUGGAGAUCCAGCUCGUCUGUGGAGCUCAAUGUGCCAUUAUAAUGGCCCACUCUGUCUGAACUUCUGGUACCAUAUGUAUGGUUCGGCCACAGCGAUGGCCCUUAAUAUCUACCUGCUUAAAGACAAUAAAGCUAUUAAGCUCUGGUCCAUGAUGAACAACCAGGGACCAGAUUGGCAUCGAGGAAACGUUGAUAUCAUAGUGUCUGGUCCAUUCCGAAUCAUAGUGGAGGGAAUUCGAGGCUCUACUGGUCAAUCAGAUGUGGCCAUCGAUGACAUUUCCAUCCACUUUCGCUCAUGCUCAGCUGGCUUCCCUGGCCUGAUUGGUGGAACUCAGCUUCCUUCUAUAACUGCAGAAGUCCUCCCCUCACACUCUGUCUGCAGUAUGGACUGUAGCUUCGACCGCAGCCUUUGUAACUGGAAUCAGAUGAUCACAGAUGCUUUCGACUGGACAUGGACAAGUGGUUCCACCCCCACUGCAAUGACUGGGCCCUCUAGUGACCACACUGGAGAUGGUCAUUAUCUUUACAUCGAGGCCAGCAGUGUGACAUACGGAGACACGGCUCGUCUCAUCAGCUCUCAGUGUUCUUACUCUGGUCGUCAGUGUCUGCAGUUCUGGUACCACAUGUACGGUUCAGCCGAUACAAUGGGCCUCCAUGUCUACUUGUACCAGGACAGUUUUGCCAAUCCUGUUUGGCGGAAGAAAAAUGAUCAAGGAAAUAUGUGGCGCCUGGCUCAGGUGGACAUCACAACAACUGGACCUUUCCAGAUCAUCAUUGAGGGGCGCAGAGGCUCCAAUGAAGAGUCCGAUGUAGCAAUUGACGAUGUAAAGCUUUAUAGAGGAAGAUGCUCUGAUCUGAGUGGUGUUGUGACAACAAAUCCUCCAAGUGUCACUGUGCAAACCACUGCAGCCCCAGACCCUCCUCUGGUCAAUGUUACUGUUAUUGAAACUCCUGAUGAAAUACAACAACCGCACUCAGUAUGCCACCUCGACUGUAAUUUUGAACAAGAUCUAUGUCAGUGGAGUCAACUUCUUGCUGAUGUUUUUGAUUGGACAAGGCAGAGUGGCUCCACUCCUACGCUGAUGACCGGGCCCUCUUCUGAUCACACCAUGGGAGAUGGCCACUAUCUUUACAUCGAAGCCAACAGUGCGUCACAUGGAGACACGGCUCGUCUCAUCAGCUCUCAGUGUUCUUACUCUGGUCGUCAGUGUCUGCAGUUCUGGUACCACAUGUACGGUUCAGCCGAUACAAUGGGCCUCCAUGUCUACUUGUACCAGGACAGUUUUGCCAAUCCUGUUUGGCGGAAGAGAAAUGAUCAAGGAAAUAUGUGGCACCUGGCUCAGGUGGACAUCACAACAACUGGACCUUUCCAGAUCAUCAUUGAGGGGCGCAGAGGCUCAAAUGAAAAGUCCGAUGUUGCAAUUGAUGAUAUAAAGCUUUAUCCUGGUCGAUGCUCUGCUCCAGAGCCUCCUCUGGUCAACGUUACUACUCAGCUACCUGAUACAGCUCCGCCCCCUGUAGCAAAUGCCACCAUACCUCCCAUAGUGGAAGCAACAACCAAUUUCGUCAAUAAGGACAAUGUUACUGAAGCUGCUGAUAACGGACAACCACCACACUCAGUCUGCCACCUCGACUGUAAUUUUGAACAAGAUCUAUGUCAGUGGAGUCAACUUCUUGCUGAUGUUUUUGAUUGGACAAGGCAGAGUGGCUCCACUCCUACGCUGAUGACCGGGCCUUCUUCUGAUCACACCAUGGGAGAUGGCCACUAUCUUUACAUCGAAGCCAACAGUGCGUCACAUGGAGACACGGCUCGUCUCAUCAGCUCUGAGUGCUCUGACUCUGGUCGUCAGUGUCUGCAGUUCUGGUACCACAUGUACGGUUCAGCCAAUACAAUGGGCCUCCAUGUCUACUUGUACCAGGACAGAUUUGCCAAUCCUGUUUGGCGGAAGAGAAAUGAUCAAGGAAACAUGUGGCACCUGGCUCAGGUGGACAUCACAACAACUGGACCUUUCCAGAUCAUAUUUGAGGGGCGAAGAGGUUCCAACGAUCAGUCUGAUGUUGCCAUAGAUGACGUAUCACUUCAUCAUGGGAAGUGCUCAGCCUUGAAUCCAGUUGCAACAGAAGCUCCAGGGCUUCCUCCAGCAACACCAACUUCAUCAACAACCACCACCACAACAACUGACACCACCGCAACUGAUGAUGCACAAACCACUACAAAGCCAGCAACAACUGCAACCCCAAGAACUCCAAGUACUGAUGCUCCAACAACAAAACCCCAUCCACCAACAACAGAGCACCCAAGAACUGAGACUUCAGAGCAACCAGAACCUGAAGUUACAGACAGACCCCAAACAACAGCAAGACCAGAGCAACCAGCUACACCUAAUGAACCUCAAACAACAGCUAAAACCCAAACCCAGACUACAGAAAGUCACAAGCCUACAGCUGGAUCACAACUACCACCAACAGCUAAUCCUGAAUCUCCAACUGACAGUCAUCCCGAGGCACAAACCACAGACAAACCACAACCACCAACUACAGCUAGACCACAACCUCCAACUGAAACUCAGCCACAAACAACUGUGAAACCACAACCACCAACUACCUUUACAACAACAACUGCCACAACAACAGCAGCUGCAACCGACUGUGAUACACAAACCACUACAAAGCCUAUUACUCAGCCACAGACAACAGUUAGACCACAACCACCAACCACAGCCAGACCACAACCUCCAACUACAGCCAGACCACAACCUCCCACUGAAAGUCAGCCACAGCCACAAACAACAGUUAGACCACAACCAUCAACCACAGCCAGACCACAACCUCCUACUGAAAGUCAGCCACAGCCACAAACAACAGUUAGACCACAACCAUCAACCACAGGCAGACCACAACCUCCGACUGAAAGUCAGCCACAAACAACCAUUAAACCACAACCAUCAACUACAGCCAGACCACAACCUCCAACUACAGCCAGACCACAACCUCCUACUGAAAGUCAGCCACAGCCACAAACAACAGUUGGACCACAACCAUCAACCACAGCCACACCACAACCUCCGACUGAAAGUCAGCCACAAACAACAGUUAGACCACAACCAUCAACCACAGCCAGACCACAACCUCCGACUGAAACUCAACCGCAGCCACAAACAACCAUUAAACCACAACCAUCAACUACAGCCAGACCACAACCUCCAACUACAGCCAGACCACAACCUCCUACUGAAAGUCAGCCACAGCCACAAACAACAGUUAGACCACAACCAUCAACCACAGCCAGACCACAACCUCCUACUGAAAGUCAGCCACAGCCACAAACAACAGUUAGACCACAACCAUCAACCACAGCCAGACCACAACCUCCGACUGAAACUCAACCGCAGCCACAAACAACCAUUAAACCACAACCCCCGCCUACACUUAAACCCACAGCAGCUACAUCACAAUCUACAACAACCAAUAAACCACAUUCAACAACAAUCAGACCUCAGCCAACAACUACAGAUGUACCAGAAUCGACAACAACAGCUAGACCAAAACCACCAACCACAACUGUACCAACACCCUCUUGCCCAGCGAACAGUCAUUACACCACUUGUAUGCCUGCCUGUAGUCCAACCUGCACCUUCCUAAAUGGCCCGCCACACUGCAGAGAUGAUGAUGGCUGUGUGCCAGGAUGUGUAUGCGAUAAAGGCUUUGUGCAUAAAAGGAUGGUUUGUGUGCCUAUCCAACAAUGUGGAUGUGUGGACAGGAAUGGCACCAAACAUCAUUUCAAUGAAGUGUGGUACACCAACCACUGCAGUCAGAAAUGUGAAUGUGAAAGAGAUGAUGGCGUCGGGGAGAUUGACUGCGAAGACCAAGAUGAGUGUGAUGGAAAUGCUGUCUGUCUUCAAAAUGAGGAGGGCGAUUAUUUCUGCCAGUCUACAGGCUUCAGUGAGUGCACCAUCAGAGGAGACCCUGAGUACAGAACCUUCGAUAAAAUGAAGCAUGACUUCGAGGGUGAGCACUCAUAUGUACUGGUCUGGACCAACAACUUGCCAAAUAAGCUUCCACACGUCUACAUUGAGGGCAUCAAUGGUGUACAUGAUGACGAUGAUGAUGAUGAUGAUGAUGAUGAUGAUAGUCACCAUCAUGAUGACAGCAGCAGUGAAGAAGACCACAGUCGCAGAGUCAGGGAUGAAGAUGAAGAUAAUGAUGAUGAUGAUGAUGAUGAUGAUGAUGAUGAUGAUGAAAAACAUGAUGACACCAGCGAAGAGCAUGAUGAACACCACAGAUUAAGAGAGCUUAAGAUCAGAGUGUACAAUCACACCGUGGAGUUCAAGAGGCGUCGAAGGCUGGUCGUGGACGGAAGGAGAACUAAUACUCCCACCUCACCAACUGCUGGUCUGAAAAUCUGGGCGCACUCCUCUCGCAUCUACCUGAAGACUGACUUUGGUCUCUUAGUGGAGUUUGAUGGACACAGUAAAGCAGAGAUCACUCUACCUCGCAUAUAUAAAAGGAAAGUGGGAGGUCUGUGUGGGAACUUUGACGGCCAAAAGUGGAAUGACUUUAUGAAGCCCGAUGGUACCAGGGCCAGGAACGUUCAGGAGUUUGGAGAGAGCUGGAGAGUGUGACGGACGAUCACACGGAUGUAAGGAAGAGACAUGGCACUGCGAAGGUUUUGACCACUAGUAGAAAUAUCACUGUGGCAGUUUACAAAAAAACUCCACGCUGAUUACAUAUGUCACUUUAGAAGAUAAGAAAAGACUGAAUUAAUGCUGAUUUAUUUUUUUCUUUAACUGAGCAUAAGCUGCCAAAUAUGACUAAGCCUGAAUUUUCUUUAAUUCCAGCUCUUAGGGGCAAUAAAUACAAAACAAUGACAACUUUCUGCUGAUUUACACAGUAAAGUGUAUCAUCUACAUAUAUCAAAGUGCAUCAUAGUCUCAUAUCAAUGUCUCUUUUUAAAAGACAUGUUUGUACUCUAUUUAUUCAAAGGUGAUGUUCUUACAGCUGUACUAUUUGUCACUAUCCUAUGUUCUGUUGGAAAGCAACUCUACGUGCAAUAAAUGAUUAUAAAAA